AUGGCGCCCAGUACGCGACAGGCAGCCCAGCCGACCCCCAGAAAGCUCAACUUCCGCGAGAAGCUGCUCGCGAAGGGCACAUCUACCGACGCGCUCCUCAAGAAGCUCAAGACGCUGCACGAGCAGCUCCGCAUCCUCGGCGAAGACCAGGACAAUGUCGAUCAGGCCUCCCUCCAGGGCGUCCGCAAGGAGCUCGUCAACAAGUCCAUCACCCUCCACAAGGACCGCGGCGUCAAGGCGUACGCGGCGUGCUGCCUUGCCGAUAUCCUCAAGCUUUACGCGCCCGAGGCACCGUACAGCGAUGACGAGCUGCGCGACAUCUUCCAGUUCUUCUUCCAGCAACUUAUGACCGGACUCAAGGGCGCGGACUCCCCCUACUACGACCAGUACUACUACCUCCUCUUCUCCCUCUCUGAGGUCAAGUCCAUCGUCCUCAUAUGCGACAUCCCAAGCGCGGAGGAGCUCAUGGUCACCCUCUUCAACGACUUCUUCGUGCUCGCGCGCCGCAACCUUCCCAAGAAGAUCGAGAUGUUCAUGCAGGACAUUAUGGUGGCCGUGCUCGAGGAGGCCUCUGUCAUCCCCAACGACAUAAUCGACAAGCUCAUAGCCCAGUUCAAGACGGGCGAUUCGAUCAUAGACAAGAGCGCCCGCCGCGUCGCUGCGCACGUUCUCACCGAAUGCGCCGACAAGCUGACCACCCGCGUUCUCUCCUACUUCACCGAUAUCAUCACCACACAACCCGAUUUCGAGGAAGGCGAGGACUACGAGGAGAUUCGCGAGGCACACGAAAUCAUCCAGCGCCUGAACCGUGCCUGUCCUGCCGUCCUCGUCACCCUCAUUCCUCAGCUUGAAGAGGAACUCCGCGUUGAGACCGUUGAAACCCGCCUCAUCGCCACCGCUGCCCUGGGGAGCAUGUAUGCCGAUCCCAAUGGCACGGACCUCGUCAAGAAGUUCCCUGCGUUGUGGAACGUCUGGCUUGGGCGCAAGAAUGAUAAGGCACUCGCCGUGCGCCUCAAAUUCGUCGAGGCCACGCGCGCGUUGCUCGUUAACCUGCAAGAGCACCGGGCCGCGAUCGAGGAGGCGCUGCAGAGCAAACUGCUCGAUCCAGAUGAGAAGGUACGCGCGGCGGUGUGCCGCGUGUACGCGCAGCUUGACUAUGAGACGGUGCUGCACCAUGUCGGGGAGGAUCAGUUGAGGGCGAUCGCGGGGCGAGGGGUGGACAAGCGCGCGUCUGUCAGGAUGGAGGCAAUGACGUGUUUGGGCAAGAUAUACAAUCAGGCGUACCCACAGAUCGAGAACAACGAUGCCCAAGCCGUGCGCCGCUUCUCCUGGAUACCUCAGGAGAUUCUCACCUCCGCUGGCGUCAACCUGGAAGUUAGACACAUCGCCGAGCAAGUGCUCCUCGAAUAUAUUCUCCCCUUACCCACGCCGAACUCGCCCUCCACGUCGAAGAACGUCGAAGUGGACGAGGUUGCUUGGACGGAGCGGCUCCUUAAUGUCAUGCAAUACUUGCUGAAGGAGCAGGUGAACACGCUGCUGUCGUACAGUGGGUUGAAGCAUGUGCGGCCUUCGGUCUACGACCACUUCGUGGACGCUUGCGUCGAGUUCAACGGCGGCACCAUCGACAAUGGCGAGGAGCAGAUUACGCGCAAGCUGAACGCUGUCAUCCAGCACCUGACGAGCGCGUUUCCGGACCCCGUCAAGGCGGCCGACGACCUGAGGACAUUCGCCAAGAUGAACGAAAGCCGGUUGUAUAAGCUCCUCCGCAAUGCGAUGGAUAUACAAGUUGACUUGAAGAGUCUAGUCAAAUCAACGAACGAACUCCUCCGCCGCAUCGAAUCCCAAUCACCCGCCAUCCUCCAAACGAUGUCCAUCUUCCUCCGCCGCUCCUCCCUCCGCAUCAUCAACACCUCUUCCAUCCCCACCCUUCUGCGUCGCAUGCGCGCGGGAGCGGAUGGCAGCGACCGCCGCAAGAGCAACGCCGCGCAGCUCCAGGCGCGAAUCAGUGCUGAACAUGCACGCACGGUCCUGCGCUAUGUGUCAAAGCACGCGCCGGCGUUGUUUAUGCCGCAUGCGGCGGCCCUUGGGGCGAUUGUGAGCAAGAGCGAGGAUGCGGCCGUGUUGGAGACAGGGCUGCAGGCACUGGCGGCGCUGGCGAUGCAUGAUGAGACGUUGGCGCCGGGGGAUAGCCGCACAAUGGAUCGGAUGCGCGAGCUCGUGAUGGGGGAGAAUGAGAGGCAUGCGAAAUUUGCGGCAAGGUUUCUUGCGUUCUCGCAGGAGAAGGAGACGGCGUGCGUUCAGGUGAUUGAUGACAUCCUUGAGCACAUUGAAGAGGCCACUCCGGAGCAGUUGGUCGCCCAUGUCGCCGUUCUAGUGCAGUUUGCGCGAUACCAGCCGGACGCGUUCGAGCAGAAGAGCGAGACCAUCAUGGCCUUCUUGCUCAAGGAGGUGCUACUGAAGGCGAUCCCGCCCGAUGAUGUGCGUCUGACACUGCACGAAACGGACGAGACUGCGGAAUGGAUCCCAGACGAAGAGAUGUGGCCCGCUCUGCGCGCGAAAAUCCUUGCGGUCAAGGCGUGCCGCUGGCGCUGUCUGUCGUACGCAUCCGGCGACAAAGCACUUAUGAUUGCCAGACCAGUGCUGGUGAUGUUGAUGAACUUGCUCGAGGGGAACGGCACGUUUCUGAAGGAGCCGGAAAAGUGCGCAAUGUCUAGGAUGCGACUGCAGGCGGCUAUAUCGCUGCUCCAUCUGUCGACGGUUACGGUCUAUGCAGCGCAGAUCACGAAGCGGAUGGUGAGGUUGGCGAUCGUUGUGCAGGACACGUGUUACGACGUGCGCCAUGCCUUCCUCUCGCGGAUGUGCGUCUUCGGUGGGGUGCGCAAGCUGCCGCCGCGGUUCAACGUAAUACCCUUCCUCACGGUGCAUGAUCCGGAACUGGACAUCAAGAACAUGGCAUCUGCGUAUAUCAACAACUGUAUGCGCCGCUUCCCCGCUGCAAUUCGGGUGGAGUACAUCGAGUCGAUCUUCAUACAUCUCUUGCACCUACUGGCGCACCACCCGGAUAUGGACGGGACGCACGAUGCGCUGGUUGAUAUGGCGAACUACAUCAAGUUCUACUUGGAGCUUGUGGCCAACGAGGAGACGGUGUCGCUUCUAUACCACCUGGCGAUGAAGGGAAAGACCGUUCGGGAUAUGGACGAUGCAUAUAACGAGAACCUCUGGAUGAUCUGCGAACUCGCGCAGGAGCUGAUCAAGCUCCGCUCGCACGCCCAUGGGUGGAACAUCCAAAGCUACCCAGGCAAGGUCAAGCUACCACCGGAUAUCCUCCGACCGCAGGUCAGCCCGGAAGCAGCGAAUGCGGUCGUCAAGCAGGUGUAUCUGAGCGAUGAGACCUUGGCGUGGGUGAGGGAGUCGACUAAGCCUGCGCAAAACAAGGUGAGUGCGAUCCAUGGAUUUGAUACCCCGUGCUGA